AUGUCAAAUUGACAGUUGUUGUCCAUGUGAUUGAUUGAGUUGAGUGUGUAUUUUCCAAACUUUUCGCGUGGUUAUUAAAGUUUUAAAAAGAUAAUGUAUUAAAAGGAAGCAAAAUGAAGAGUAAACCGGUUAAACAUAAAACAACCAAUACUUUUAGGUUUGUGCCGUUCGCUGAGCGUAUAAACUCCAUUGACAUUCGCCAUGCCGCCCUCUACCACAUCGAGCACGCAUACUCGGAACAGCCAGAAGAUAAUGAGACACAUUUCCACCUGGCUCUACGCAAAUGGUACGGACUCAACUUGACGGACAAUUUCAAGAAGUUCCGCAAAGAAGUCCACGGCGUGGUGACAGUUCCUCAGCUAGUGCACAAAAAGGAUGAGGUUUUGGAGGUUCUAGAGAGAUAUCUCAACUUGGAGGACCAGUUGUGUUUGCAGCCGCUGUUGGAAAUACUAGUGUCCCUGGCAAAAGAUUUAAGGGAAGACUUUUAUCCACACUUUCCUAAGUUCCUGGAUAUCCUGAUCAAGUUAUUGGAUACAAAAGACUCUGAAAGACUGGAAUGGACACUGCUUUGCUUAGCUUUUCUAUUCAAAGUUCUAAAGCCUUAUUUGAAGAAAGAUAUAGCAGUUGUCCUGAAGAGAAUAAUACCACUACUUAGUGAGUCAAAGCCUCAAUACAUAAACAAUUUUGCUGCAGAGAGUUUUGCAUUUGUGGCUCGAGAUAUCAGAGACAAGAAGAAGUUUAUUCAUCUUAUACUAAAUUAUUUACAAACUCAUGAUGAUGCAAUUCUUGGAUGUGGCCAUUUGCUAUUUGAAAUAAUAAAAGGCAUUCCUGGGAAGUUCCAUAGCUGCAUUGACACAUUCCUUCCACUUCUGCUACAACAUCUGAAAGAAAAUAAAGAACACCAAGAUGUUUUAUUCCAAGUACUCACACAAACCAUGCAGGACUGUCUGCAGAGCAUAUCACAUAAAGAGUAUGGAGUAUUCUGGGAUAAUGUCAUGAAAUUCACAGAAGAGAUACUCAAAGAAGAUGAUAGAGAAGAUUGUAGAGGACUGGAAUAUGUGCUACGGCUGGCUGGUCAAGUCAUAGAGCACCAACAAGGCAAGUGUUUGACCAACCCACCACAGUUUGUCUUGCUGCUGAUCAAAGUCAUCUGUGAACAGAGCUCAGAGUCAGUCCUGGACAUCUGUGCCACUAUAGGAGCCUUGUUGCUUCUCUCUCCAAAUGUCAAACUAUCCCAAGAGCAUGCAGGCAUCAUUGUCAAAGUAUUGCUGCCAUUGCCAUUCCCAAACAUUCUCAUAAAGUUUGUCAACAAUGUAAUAGACUACUCUCAAUUUGACAUGCAUAUUCUCCCGCCAUUCCUGAAUUAUGUUGUGGCAUCUAACUUUGAAGAUCAAGCCAUGUACACUCUGACAAAGAUAUGUCUGAGAAAGUCUCCUCUGUCACAGAAUGGUAUCAAACUGUUUGAAUGGGUGAAAUAUCCUUUAGAUUUCGGGAAGGGACUGCCCUUACUGAUGGAGCAUUUGGAAAAGCUCUUGAAAGAAGAUUUUGAGAAAAUAAUAGACAAUCCUACAAGACUAAUGAAUUUCCUAAUAUGUCUACCACACAUUGAGAAGAUUAAUGUUGACUACUGCAUUCAAUUGCUAAACCAGCUAGUGAUGAAGCUACUUGAAACUCUUGCUAAGUACAACUUGGAAGUAGCAAAGCCGGAGAACAAGUUCCACUGUGACACUACUCCCUUAUCUAGAUGUUCUAGAAAGAUUAUGUUCAUGUUAGCAAAUGCAAUAGAGAGUGCAGUUCAUAUUUCGAGUUGUAAGAAAGUGAAGGAGAUAUGUUGUGUUGAUAAGUUGCUGUUGGUUCUACUGCCGCUAGCCGCUGAUCCCAACUAUCUGGCUGCGCUACACAUUGUGGACUUGUACUUGACCGCUUAUGAGCAGGAGCAGGGGCUAACAUUUCCACUGUUGUCACUUGUUGACUCAUAUCUGAAGGAAAAUGUAUCAUCCCCAUUUCAUAUAGUUCGUCUUUUAACAACACAUAUAUACAAGCUAUUUGAAAAUGUAGACGAGAUGAAAAAGACUGCUCAAUUGGCUGGAAAUACUGAAACCUUCUCUGUGUUCUCCCUCUGCCACUCCAUAGAGGCCAUGAAACCUUCCAUUCAAGAAUAUAGGGCUCAGCUUAACAUGCUGCAAAAGAUGGCAUUCAAUACCACGCAAUAUACAUUACUCAAGGAGACCAACUUUUCCAUGUUUGCGUUAAACUAUAUGUUGGGAGUGCUGUAUAUGAACUUCAAGCUACUUUGGGAACCAGUCACUGAAUUCAUAGCUGGCUAUGGUAAUGCUCUUCCGGUAGACGAGUUCUGGCCAGUCUUUCACAAAGCUCUAGAAAGUUCAUUUGCUAACGCGAAAAAAGACCUCAAACAGUAUCAGUUUACUGAUGAAAUUGAUACCACAUAUGAAAAGUACAGUGAGUUAUACUCGAAUUAUAAUAAUAUUUCGGAAAGACCUGAUUUGUAUAAUUACCGGAAUUUAAUUCUUAAAGUCAUGACAAAUUGUAUUCAGACAUGUGAAGCAAGAAAUCGCGAUGUAGUAGUGUUGUUCUUGAAUUUCAUUGAUGAAGAGUACAGAAGAAAUGAUAAAGCCAAUGCACUCAAAAUUGAUGUGGCAACUCAUAAUAAAAUGGAGAUUGAUGAAGUAAUUGAGGAAGAUGCCCCAAAGGAAGAAGAUGAAGAUAAUGAAGAAGACAAAGAAGAGCCAGAUGAGUUCAAAGAUUCAGUAUCUGGGAAAAUUAUAUUCAAAACACUGAUAAACAUAAUGCAAGUGUUAGCUCAAUUCAAGAAUCCCCGAGCCUUGCAUAAAGAGCCAGUAUUUUGGGAACUUUAUAUGGAGUUUCUGAAACACAAAAACGCAGGACUGCAAAAGUAUGCGCUAGAUUGUGUCCUUAACUACAAAAAUAAAAGUAUAACAGCAUACAAAGACAAUCUGAGCAACUUGGUAGAUGAUAAGAAAUUUAAAGAUGAACUGACAUUGUUCAAAAUAACUGAGGAUUCACAGAACAUACAGCUUGAAGAUAGAGAACAUGUUAUACCAAUCGUCCUUAGGAUUUUGUACGGAAAAAUGACAUCGAAACUGGGAGCAGAGAAAAAAGGAGGGGGUCAAGCUCGGAGAUCAUUAAUCAUGAGGUAUUUAGCUGGUUGCAAUGAGGCUGAACAGAAAAUAUUCAUUGAAAUGGCGUUUUCGUAUGUCAACAAAUACAUGGCCAUGUCGCCUAAAGAAAUAUAUGAAGAUACUAUCAAGAAUAUAGAUCUUAAAGCCAUUACUAGCCCAGGGAAGCUCCAUAGCAUUUUGAACUUGUUUGAGGUGGUUAGAGAAUAUUUUGGAGGUUACAUGAAGGAUGAGCUACUUUCACAAUUAUUCAAGAUAUUCUACUCAGUCUGCUCAACUAUAUCUGCAGUUUUGUCUCAAGGUGAUAAGGUCCACAUUGGAUAUGUUAAAGUGAUGAAAAAUCUCCGACAGAUAGCUAUCAGCUCACUGAGAAAGUUAUUUGAGCAAUUUGACAAGUACCCCUGGAGCAAGGAAGAGUUACAUGUAAUAUUUGAGACACUAGUUUGGCCGCUGCUGCCAAGACUUCACAUUGAAGGCAUCCACAGUCCCACAGCUCUGCUCAAGUUGUUCAAUACUUGGUGUCUUAACCCAAGAUAUUAUGUUUUACUUGUGACUUGUUCUGAAAAAGAUGCAAAUUUGAGUACACUACCGGAAAUCUUCAAGCUUCUUCUGGCACCGAAAACCACAUCAGGUGUGGUUAAUCUUAUAUUGGACAUGAUAGAAAAACUGCUAACAUUAACUACAGAUGAAGAAGAUAAAGAAAUUACGCCUAUUGAGUCUUUUAACACUUUAGAAAUUGCUGGAGAGAAACAAAUCGGAGAUGUGGCUAACAAUAUAAAUUACGGCAGUAAAAUACUAAUACCACACAUAUCUAGUAUUCUUGAAGUAAUGAAACGGCGAAUAGCAAAUUCUGCUAAGUCAAACUCAGUUAACAAAAGAGACCUUUUGAUCUUGUCACGAGUGACUGAGCUGGUUUCUUCGCCAGAACUUUGUGACGAACUUCUGAAGUUGCUACUUCCGAUUCUAGUUAAUAAAGUAUGUAUGAAUAUGGCCGAAGAAAACAUGGAACAUGCAGUCAAUACAAUCAUUAACCUUUUGGGACACAGCACUAAUCCCCAGGUAUACAUAAAAAAUAUAGCAGUUCUUUUCAAUAAAGUCACGCUUGUUGAAGUUCGAAAGUUACUGAUAAAACUUCUUAAUUCAAUAGCUGAGAACAGCAAGGAGAACAAAGAAACUUUGACUCGAUUAGCACAAGUCGUGACUGAAAUGAAUGCAUUCAACAAAAGAUGGAUUGACCAGCCAGAUUUCGAUAGAAGACUUGACGCAUACAAAUUAAUCUACAAAUUAUGUGAAGAAAAUGAUGUUGACGUUGACUUAGCUAUUCUAAUUGUGAAUAAUUGCUUCUAUUUCAUACGAACUGAAAAAGAUAUAGGAUUACGGGACAGCGCUGGUUUGUGCUUGAAAAGAAUUUUACCGAAAUUACUAAUGAAGUAUAGAUCUACUAACGACGGUCAAUUCUUAGCUCGUGAUACAGUUCUAUCGCUGUUGUCUAACGGUAUAAGGGAUUCCAAAAAUGAAAAUUUGCGAGACGAAUGUAUUUCACUACUUGGCGAGUUAGCUAGAGAAUGCCCAGACGCUGACGUAGUACUAACAGAUUUAGCUGCCUUGACGAAUAAAGAAGACCCGGAAGUGGACUUUUUCGAAAACAUGUGCCAUCUACAGAUGCACCGACGUGUCAGAGCUCUAAUGAGGUUCUGCAAAGUUGCUAAAAAGGUCGUCAAAUGUCCUACACCUAGGACGUUGACUAACUUUAUAAUGCCUCUAGCAACUACGUUCAUCUGUGAUGAUAAAUAUACGGACAAAAACACUCUUAUCGAUGCCUGCAUUGAAGUAAUAUCGACUUGCUGCAGACUGUUGCCGUGGUACCACUACGAAGUCAUACUAAAACUUUACCUGAACAAAAUGCGUCAUUCCACAGAGCACCAGAAGCAACUGACGCGCAUUUUAGUCAGCAUUGUCGACGCAUUCCAUUUUGACUUUUCAAAGGUUAAGAACAUUGAGCUGCCUAAAGCUUUGUUGGCAAAUAUAGACUUUAGACCUCCUAGGAAGGGUGGAAAACAGAAGGGUAACGUAAAGCAGGGUAAGAAUGUGGAAGAAAUUAAAGAGAAGGAGACAGAAGUUAAAGAUAAUGAAGACCCAGAAAAAGAAGAUCAAGAGGAAGAUAAAGAUGAUGCUGUAGACGACAUCCCAAUAGACGAAGAGACAGAUCUGAAAGCAGCAGAUGCAGAAGCUGAAAAUGAAGAGAAGACAGUCCAGGAAGUUAUAAAUAUACCAGCAUUUGAGAGAAUAACGCUGGUGUCGCCAUCGGUUGCUAAACGAAUCAUAAAAUCUUUGUCUGCUGGCCUGCUGCCACAAUUAAAUCGAACAAUCGGCAAGCUGACCGAGCACGAGGGCUCGCACAAGGUGAACCGGCGGCGCACGGGGCUGGACCGGCAGGAGGAGGACAUGCUGCGGGUGCCGAUAGCGCUGGCGCUGGUCAAGCUGUUACAGAGACUGCCCGGAGAGCUGAUGCGGUAUCAGCUGCCUGGAAUAAUCAUCAAACUAUGUUCAUUCCUAAAAUCACCGCUGAAACAAGUGCGAAUAUCGGCCAGAGAUAUCGUCAAAAAGAUAAUGAUCACAGUGGGGUCUUCCUACUUGGGCAUUCUACUUGAACAUCUGACUCUUUUACUAACGAGAGGGUUCCAAGUACAUGUUCUAGUGGCCACUAUACAUAGCGUUCUAGACGCACUGAAAACAGACUUCAAACCUGGAGAGUUGAACGAUAACUUACAUUACAUACUCGAUGUUUGCACAAACGAUCUCUUUGGUGCUCUGUCCGAAGAAAAAGAGGUAGAUAAACUACACCAUAAAACCCCCGAAGCGAAACCAAGCAAGAAAAGUUACGUAACUUUGACGAUAGCAGCACAAAAUAUCACUGAAGGCUGCCUCAUAAACUUAUUGCUGCCUUUCAAAGAAGUGCUUCAAAAACAUCAUUCGAAAAAGAUAGUCAUGAAAGUACAGGAUGCCCUAAUGCAUAUAACAACUGGUCUAGUUACGAAUAAGUUUAUAGACAUCGAGUCUUUGUUCAUUUUCCUGCACGGGGUUGCUUCAGAGAGUAUACCGGAAUUUGUUUUGGGAGCCCCGAAAAGACAAAUAACAGAAGCUCAAAGGGAGAAAAUGUUGAGAGCAAAGCCUGACUGCUUCAUCAUCCAGGAGGCACCGAAAAGAAAUAAGGAAGUGCAAGCUAAAAACGUGAAAUUAUCAGCUAAAGCCAAUGCACACGUAUUGGUAGAAUUCAGCUUGAAUAUCCUUUAUGUUAUACUGAAACGCGAGAAAGUACCAAGAGAAGAUUGCAAGGCGUUUGUUGAUCCUUUAGUUCCGUUGCUUGUUGAUGCGUUGAAAAGUGAUCACAUAAAAGUGUCAACUGUUGCUAUGAAAUGUAUAUCAACAUUGUGGACUAUAAGAGUGAGCACGCCAACACUAGAAGAAUCUGUUCAGGAUAUUGUAAAGACGGUGUUUAUGAUUUUACAUAAAUACGCGACGUUUGAAAUUAGCAAGCAGAAUGAUAACUAUCAUCUUGUUCGUAAUGCUUUUAAGGCGGUAACAGUUCUAAUCCGGAACGUCAAAUAUCACACGCUAGAGGCUGAUCAAUUGAAGACCUUAUUGCUAUACGCAGAAGAGGAUUGUCACAAUGAUGAGAGACAAGCCAACUCGUUCAAUCUACUGAAAGCCAUUCUAGAGGCGCGACUGGUAUCGCCUGAACUACAUGAGGUUAUGGAUAAGAUCGCCAAAAUUUGCAUAUUGAGUGAAUCAGCAAGAUCUAGGGAAGAAGCCCGAGUGAUAUUCGCCCAGUACAUAACGCACUACUCGCCGGGCAAGCGGCUGGAGAGACACGUGCAGUUCUUCGUGUCCCAGCUGAACUACGAGCUGCAACACGGGAGAGAGUCGUCGCUGAAGUUCAUACAGAUGAUCGUUAAUAAGUUUCCUGUGCCCCAACUCUCCAAGCACGGCGGCUUCCUGCUCCUGUCUCUCGGAGCCGCCAUGGUGAACGACGCGGCGCCCGAGUGCCGCGCGCUCGCCGCCGCCUGCAUAGAGGCCAUGCUGACCAAGUUCCCCGCUCUCGAGAGGAAUGCCAUGUUCGACCUGGUGCUGACGUUCUUCCAGGAUAGUAAGCCGGUGCACUUCGAAUUAGCGUCCCAACUAUGCACGCGCUUCGUCAACGUAGAACAAGACGACUUCAAGUCCCGCCUAAGCACAGUUCUAGACCUAGUCAAUGGCAAGCUACUUCUGCUCAGCAACGAUAUCAGCGAAGGCAGAUUCGUCAAAGUGAAACUGGACCAAGACGACUCUAAAACAGACGAGGAAAAACAAAAGGAAAAGGAUCAUUGCCUGAUUCAAAUGUUGAACCUUAUUGAUAAGAUCACAGUACAUUGCCCAGGAUGUUUGACCAGUAAGAAGUAUUUGACUGAAUUUGACGAGAUAGCGCAGCAAUGUCAAGUGUUCUUGGCUUAUCCACACACGUGGGUUAGACUGAAAGCGGCUAAGAUUAUUGGCACGAUUUUAUCUACCAUAGAUCCGCAAGGACUAGACUUAAUAGUGAGAGGAAAGGUUGAGAGUGAAAGAGGAUUUAUUUACUACGACACGGAAAGUUCUCUCAAGAGUUUGGUGCUGGACCUUUGUGCCCAGUAUACUCCUGGAGUGAGCAAGGAAAUGGCUGACCAGGUAACUGCGGUACUGUUCGAGAUAAUAAAACUAGUAUACUCGAUGCCCAGCUUCAAGUUAAAUGACAAGAAACAUGUAGAAUACGAGGAGUUGGAAACAUCUACCAAAGUGAACAUUCGGUGGGUCAUCUAUAAGAUGAGGAAAGCUAUCAACGUUGAAGUGUCUAAGGCGCCCACGAUUACAAACAUUAGAACAGCUAUAUUUACAACAUGGAUGCACCUAAUAAGCAGUUUAGAGAACGAGGAUUUGAACCGAGUGGUGGACCUGAUGAUAUCUCCGUUAGUUCGCGAGUUGUCCACCGGCGACCCCAUGGCGCCAGCGUCGCUCGUCAGACAGUUGGCUGGGAGACUUGGCAAGAAGCUCAGGCGGAAAAUAGGCGAUAUUGAGUACAGUAAAUUGGCUGCAGAGGCUCAGACCAGACUGAAUGUUAGAAGGGCUGAGAGGAAAAAGGUUCUACUUCAAGAGAAAGUCCAUAACCCUGAAAAGGCAGCCAAGAGGAAGUUACUACUAAAAGACAAGAAGAAACAGUCAAAGAAAAUCAAAAUGGAAAUGGUUAAAGGGAAGAGGGCGCGACCGAAGAAACGGAAGGCAGAGGACUUCGACUUGGAAGAUAAUCUACUCAAAGAUGAUGAUUAGUUUGUAGCUAAUCUACAUAAAGUCAACUAUUCCAACGGUAGUUAAUUUUGAAUGUUUACCGUUGAAUUUGUAAAUAGUAUUGGUAAGUUCCCUGCGUUUGUAUAUAAUAAACCCAAAUAUUGAUUUCACAUA